UUGAAAUCAAAAUGGCGGCGUUUUUGUGUAGUCGCUUGAAUUUGGUUGGAAAUUUGUACAGUUUUCCUAAAGUAUGUCAAUCGGUCCUUUCUGGAGGUCUUUGGGCAAGGUCAUUCAAGACUUCAACACCUCUGGAUAAAUUUUAUUUGAAACCAAACUACCUCAAGAAAUGGGGAAGGAGAGACAUGAGGAGAAGAGAGUUGUACGCAGAGUAUGAGAUGGAACGCACCAACUUGAGAUAUAUAAAGAAAAAUGAUAUUUUACCUUCUGUUAUUCGCAAGAAAGCUGCUGAAGAUCUGAAAAAACUGCCAAGGGACAGUUCAAUCUCAAGAGUUCGCAAUCGUUGUGUUUUGACUGACAGAGGGAGGGCUCUUGUUGGACGAUAUCGUGUUUCAAGAAUGAUGUUCCGUCACUAUGCUGACAAAGGUUUGAUGGCUAGUGUGCAGAAGGCAACAUGGUAAAUUGACUCUUUGUCGCUGUUAUGGGAGACCCUAGUGUUGCCUAGUAACAGCAAGAUUGAUUUUUUUUGUGUGGUGAGAAGGAGCGAAACUUAAGAAUUGUUUCUUUGUUUGUAAAGGUAUUGCAGAAGGGCCAGUGGUAUAAGGGUUUGUAAUCUCAAGUGCCUUUCAAAUGCGUUUCUGUAUACGUAAUGAUUAUUUCCUGUUACAUGCCAACAUCAUAUACUGGGUGAAUUAGUACUUAUCCAGUCAAGGGCAUACAUAACAUCCUGAGUAUGUAAAAAUUGAAAAGAUUCAGCCAAAUUACCCUUAUAUUGGAAAAAAAAUUUUAAGGGGCGUGUAAGAUUCAAAGGUUUCCUUGGAAACUGAUGAUUUCAUCUUUUUUUCUGCAUAUUUUGUCAGUGGCUUGAAAAUCACAAUGCAUAGGUCUGAUAUUUUCUGUUUUUACUCCUGUGUUGUUUUUGAGUUAUGAUAUGAGAAACAGUACUCUUGUUUUCCAGGCAAUGUUUUUCAAACUUUAACCCUGCAACCCCUAAUAGUGAUUAGCUUCUAAUUUCUCCUUAAUUUGUCUCCUGUAAAUCAUAUACUUAGAUCAUGAGAAUAAAGAAAUUGACCACCAACUAAACAAGCUCUUGAUUGUUGAACCAAUUCUCCCUGUUAGAGCAUAAGGGUUUAAUAAAUUCAAAGUAAUCCUAAAAUUUGACACAUCUGGAUUUUACAAGAAGUGUUCCUUCAUUAACUGUUCAUCAGACAUUCUAGUGUCUUGUGUAGUCUGUCUAUUAAUUGGUGUUUAAGAUGUGGUGGACAGUUCAAUUCAUCAUUUAUAUUUUAUUGUUCGUAACUUAUUUGUGGUCCAACAUACUGGCUUGCUAUUAAGACCAAUAUUUCUUAUAUGGAUACGUAAAUGUCCAAUUUAGGUAAGGUGUAAUGGUGAGGAUUGUUUGCAUUACAACUGAAAAGGUUCUAAUUGA